CGGCAGCAACGGUCACGUCCCGUUUAGAGCCCUUCAAAAGUGCAGUAUCAUAUCAUAACCAGCCACAACUUUGUCUACCGUGGCGACGACGUUUUUUUUUUUUUUUUUUGUUUUCGUGCACUUAUCAGCAAUUUGUUUGUCCAUAAAACAAGUCAAGUCAAAACAGUGCGCGCUCGUUUUUGGUUGCAAUGAUAAUCCGAAACGGCGGUGCAGAUCGCCUACCGAGCGAGAAUCCCAGCAGUGAUGAUCGCGACGACCUUGACUACCGGGAACGGCUGCCGCGGGUGCGGGUCGUGCCAAGGAUACGAUCGCUGUGCAGUUUGGGCACGGUUCGUCGCCGGGUGCACGUGCUCCAGUGGUUGCCCAAAUAUCGCGUUCAGUAUCUGUUGUCGGACGUGAUCGCUGGAGUUACGGUCACGCUGACUGCCAUUCCGCAGAGCAUUGCGUACGGAAUUUUGGCGAAUUUGGAGCCUCAGGAUGGGAUUUACUCCAACCUGGUCGGUUGCUUCAUGUAUUUUCUGUUUGGAAGUGUCAAAGACGUGACCGUUGCGCCGACAUCGAUCAUGGCGAUCAUGGUUCAGGGAGUGGUGCUAAGGCUGGGACCUGGAGCUGCCCUGCUGACCUUGCUGGCCGGUGCCGUCACGUUCCUGUUUGGAGUGCUCAACUUGGGCUUCCUGGUGAGGUUUAUCUCGAUGCCGGUCAUUACGGGGUUUACAACGGCUGCGUGCUUGACCAUUGGCAGUGCCCAGCUGCGAUCGCUGUUCGGGAUUAGUAGUAAGGGCAAGGGCAGUGACUUUAUCGACGCGUGGGAAAACGUUAUUCACAACAUUGGCCAGACGCGACUUUGGGACACGCUGCUGGGCUUCAGCUCGAUCGCGUUUUUGGUGAUCUUCCGGCUCACCAAAGAUUGCGGUCGAGGCAAAUGGAAGGUCUUCUUCAAGUAUCUGUCGCUACUUCGCAACGCGCUGGUCGUGAUCAUUGGAGCGUCACUGGCCUACGCAUUCUCGCUCGAAGGGAUUGAACCCUUCAAGCUAACCGGCCACGUCGAACCGGGCGUUCCACCAUUCCACGUCCCACCCUUCUCCAUCACCAACAACGGGACGCACUACGCGUUCGGCGACAUGAUCUCAGUAAUGGGAACGUCGAUCAUCACGAUCCCACUGGUUUCGAUCCUGGAGAUCAUCUCCAUCGGUAAAGCCUUCUCCAAAGAGAAAAUCGUCGACGCCACCCAAGAGAUGAUCGCGCUGGGCAUGUGCAACAUGGCGGUAGCCUUCACUUCCCCACUUCCGGUAGCCGGAUCGUUCACCCGAACCGCCAUCAACAACAGCAGCGGCGUCCGGACCUCACUAGGUUGCGCGGUCACCUCGAGCAUGCUACUCCUCGCGUUAGCCCUUCUCACCGACGCCUUCUACUUCAUCCCCAAAGCCACCCUAGCGUCCGUAGUGAUCUCCGCCAUGAUCUUCAUGGUCGACUACCGAGGAAUCGCCGAAAUCUGGCGCGUCAAAAAGCUGGACGUGAUCCCAUUGGUCGGAACCGUGAUCGCCUGCCUUCUUCUAGGCCUGGACUACGGCAUCCUCAUCGGAACGGCCAUCAACUGCUGCUUCCUGCUCUACCUCAUCUCCGCCCCAACCAUCACGAUGGAAACAAUCCUCCUGGACAGUAGCUGCCACACCCUGCUCGUCCGGCCCGCAUCCGAUCUGACCUUUUCGUCGGCGGAAUACCUGCGCGAUCGGAUCACCCGGGUCGUGGCGGAGGCUUACGAAGCCCCCAUAGACGUGGUGGUGCUCGACGGCGCCGGGGUCAACUUUGUGGACACGACGGUCGCGAAGAAUUUGCUCUGCGUCGAGACGGAUCUACGGGCGAAGGAGGUCGGGCUGGUGCUGUGGCGAUGGAGCCGCGCUACGGCGGGGGCUUUGGUGCGGCUGGAUAGGAACUUUUUGCCCCUUUUAAGGGAUGACAAAGAGCUUGGGGAGGUCGUGAGAGGUUGGAGGGAGGUUUGAAGGUUUUCUGCCAGCUCAUUUUUAAGUUAAGAAUAGAUGAGGAAAUGCUGACACAUGGUGAUUUGUUAACGAUUAAUUUUGGUACGUAAUUUUGUUUUGACUGCAAAUCAUCAAGUCUGGAGCUUUUUUUUUGAAAAGGUCCAAUAAACCAAAUUUCUUGUCUUUGCCUUUUGGGUGUUUUUGAAACCGCCUUUAGUCAAGAGUAUAAAAAUUUGGCUUAUUGGACCGUUAAAAAAACUCCAGAAGUGUAGUUUCAAGGCCAAAGUAAAUUUUUAGUUCUCCGGAGCGUUAUUCCCGAGGUUAUUUCAAUUGAUCGUGUAAUUCUAUAUCGAUUAGAUAUUAUGUAACUAUAGGUUAUAAGCUAGUAAAAUUCGUCAUGAAAAAAAACUUUAAGCAAUGUCUAUAAUAAUAUGAAUAAAAAUAAACUGCUGGUUUAU